UAUGACGACACCGUGGCUAGUCGAACUUUUGGACAAAUAUUCAUCUAAAAAUUAUCAUAUUGAAUACGAUGGAUUUCUGUCGAAUCAUAUGAUACAUGGUAUUAUAGCUCUGUAUAGGCUAGCAGCCGAUGAAAAGAGAAUUCAAGAAUUUAUCAAGUUUUAUACUCAUAAACUUCGUGAUCCAGAAGUGGUGAAAGAAGAACUUACUAUAGAAGAUUUGAAAGGAGCGCGCAUUUCUUAUCCGAAGCUGGUCGAAUAUUAUAGAGGAGUUUAUCGCGAUUGUAACAAUGAUAUGAAAACUGUACUUGAAAAAGUAUGGCCCCAAUUAUGUGACGGAUCAGCUGGAUCAGCGAUUCAUGGUUUAAUUCAUUUGGGUUAUGCUUUAUCGGUGGAGCAUGAUCCAAGUGCAAUAGAUGGAUUGGCUUAUGUUCAUCAUUCAUACAUUCCUAUAACUUGUGAGAAAUUAAAUAAAAAUCCGGCUAUUUUUGGUCAGGGAAAAGAAAAUCCUUUUAUCGUUGUCAACGACAUGACUGAGAAAUUAACUGAUAAAAUGCUCAAUAAAGUUGAAGAUGAGACAAUUCAGAAAAUGGCUAACAGCUACCUUCAAAGACGAAUUGCUGCACUUUUUAAGUUCUAUCCGGAAGAGGUUUUGGAAUUCGUUGGCCGUAUUCAAGUACCUAAGGACGUAAAGACUUGUUUGGACUUAGCAUACUAUGCUUUGCAUCUUUCUCUUAUUGUUUAUGUAAAAUCCGCACGAAAGAAUGAUUUUUUCUUACUUCAUGGUAUAACUUCAGGAUGGUCUGUUGUACAGAUUGUUAAGAUUCUUGGAGAUUGUGAUUUAUCCAGAAGAACAAUUACAGUUUAUAUGGCUAUAUUAUUAAGUGCCUAUGUAGGACAGCUAUCACCUAAGUUAAACAGUACUGAUGAAGUCAAAGAUGAAGUUAAUGACGAAUGGUGGAAGAAAAUCACAGAGGAAUUGUUAGCACGAGAAUUAGAUGAGCACAUUUACAAGUUGAUUCAAGUUUGCAAAGAAUUGUGGAAGGAUAAAGGAUGGCCCGAGUGUCCCAUAGCAGCACGAAUAGCUUUAGAUCAUUCUUUGAAAUUCAGAGAUUAA